GACAGCGAAAUACUGGGGCGAACAGCUGAGUUGUCCACUUUUUCCCUUUCAACAUGGCUCUUCCGUCGUCUACCUCGUUCCUAUUUGCGACAACAUUAACCGUGCUAACUUUCGCUGGAAUGCAAAUGUUCAAAGCAAACUUGGCGUCCAGCGAGUGGAUGACCAUAUUGGGGGGAUUCAUAGGAUCACAGUUCUUCGUCUUCCUCCUAACUGCAGUAGGAAAUUUGGAAACAACCAUGUUUGGUCGAAAUUUUCAAACAAAAUUGUUCCCAGAAGUUAUACUUUGUCUGGUAGUUGCAAUGUUUGCCUCUGGCCUAGUCCACAGAGUUUGCGUAACAACCUGCUUUCUGUUUUCAAUGGUAGCCAUAUACUACAUUAACAAGAUUGCUGCUUCCACACAUGCCCCAACAUCAAACCCUGUCCCUCCACAACAGCUAAAGACCAAGAAGAAUCGCUGAAUUUUAGCUUGCCACUGAAUGUUAGUUUGAUUAUUUACAAAGAUUAGAACCAAGCAAAAUAAAGUUCAGUUACUUUUUCUGAA